AUGGGUCAAAAGCGCUACGCACGCUCGCUCAAGCAAGACGAGCGCAGGCGCGAGCUCGCCGAGCUCGCCAAGCGCCCUCGCGCGCCGAGCAUUCGGCAAAAAGUCGCCGCGUUCAACGCAGAGAUAUUGGAGACCGCCGACCUGCAAGCCAUUAAGUCGUGGGGCGGCGCGCGCGGCACCGUCGCGUCCGCGUCAUCCGGCGACGCCGACGCCGAAGGCGUGGUCGACGCGCAUUGCGUCGUGGUCGGGAACUUACCGGUCGAUCUGAGGCCGGAGGAUGUGAAGGCGGCGCUGACGCCGCUCGUGGUAGAAAAAGCGCGCGACGCCGGCGUGGACGCGGCGAAGGAACUCGUCGGUGAUAUCGGCGUCGGGGUGUUUGGACCGUGUAGACCGAAGACGAGACGCGAUCGCGAUCGCGAAUUCAGAGGGUUUGCGGUGGUUCGAUUUCGAAGUGCGAGCGGUGCGGCGGCGGCGGCGACGGCGCUUCACGGGACGACGUUUCGCACCAAGUCCGCGAAAUGGCCCGAGCGAGUCUUGAACGCAAGAUUAGAUGAUAAGGGUGAGUAUGACGACGCUUACGUCCGUGGGCUACGCGGAAGCGCGCCGAAAAUACCCGAUAAAGUGUCAAAAAAGGAGCCGCGAAAGCGUUGGAAGAUGGCCGAAUUGGAAAAUUUACCAAUGCGACAGAAAUGUCUCUCCACGCAUACGCGUUUUAGCGAUCUAGAUGGCAAGCUUCGAGUGCGAUUGCUGGAGUACUUAAGUACGGCGAUACCUGCGAUGCCUGAGCUCGCGGGUGUGGUGCUCGCGAUGGAGCAGAGCGCGCCGCAUUACUUGAGAAUCAAAGAAUUGAUUGAAUCCAUCGAGUGCUUCAAUGUGAUUCUUGGACACUUAAACUCUGCGGAAUCCACUGCUGGACGUUCGAUGGACGAUGUACGAGUGUACGAUACGUUUUUCGAUCUCGCAUGCGGCCACGGUCUCGUUGGCGUUUUACUUGCGUACGCGUUUCCGACGCGUACAGUGCGCUCGUUCGAUCACACCAAACGGGCAGCUUUCUUUGCGUUCUGUCAUGCAUUUGAGCAAAUGCGCAAAACAAUGACGCGAAAGCCUUGGACCGUGGGUGCGAUUGACUGGGAUACCGAAGAAAUGUUCGUCGCGAGCAACCGAUUGGAAGAAACGAAUGACGCGAGCACGGCACCAAAGGAUGUGCGCGACGACGAGGAGCCAGCGUUGUCGAACAUCGUCUUCACUUUGGGUGACAUUGACGACGCAAGAGCGCUCGUCAACGCAUCGAGCUUCGUCGUCGCCCUUCAUGGGUGCAACGAAGCCAACAAAGUCGCCGUAGAGAUGGCCAAAAGUCAAGACGCCGUGUGGGCCGUCAUGCCAUGUUGCAUCAAAGCUUCAAUUUAUUUGCCCGAGUGCAUCGUCUCCAAGCUCGACGACGACUCCAAGUACGGUUUCAUGUGCGGCGUCAUGUGUCAAAAAUACGACGCACAGUUGAUCCGCGCCAUCGACACUCGCAUCACAACUCGAGCGAUCGUCUUGUGCGGCGGUAUCAAGGGCUUUAAGAAGCAUUGUUUCGUCAUCGGGAACAAUACCAAGAUACAGCGCGAGCGCGAGCGCAAAAUGGAGGCGCCGCUUCACUAG